CACAUCGAGAUCCCGUCAUUUUUUGCGCACAGAUGCUGGGCCGAGAACUUUCCGCAAGGGCUUUGAUUCUGCCGUUGCCGGAUCCCGAGCCUCCGUCGGCGUCCGCUCAUUUGUAUGUGAACCCAGUUGAAGGUGGAUUAUCACGCCCCGCAAAUGCUGACUGUCUGGACCGAGAUUUAGGAGCCGCGCGAGCAGCCGGAGAAGGAACGCUCUGCUUUUGACGCGUUUCGUGCCUGUACGAGGAGCGGACGAGAUUCUUUUUUUUUUUUUUUUCGCGUGUGGAGUCGACCAUCUUCCACUUGAAGCUUAUCGUUUGGUUUGGAGAUCCCCCGCUUCCCAUCGCACCCCUCCCUCGCACUCUCUUUUUCCCCCAGGUGUGAAAAAAAUAUAUUUAAAUAGCCCGUUGAAAGAGACUGAGCAAGACAUGGUCCAAUCCGGCUGCGAGAUCCGAGCCUCCUCCAUGCAUUGGGAUUUUUCUCAGCGCCGUCACCGAGUCAAUCGCCCUUUUCUGACCAUCUGAGAACUAUCACCAUUGUGUCGCUCCCGAGAGAAAGCUUUGUCAUGGACACCGCUUCGAGCCGGGACGGGGCCACGGGACCCGCCAAGGGACCGGACUGCGCCCGCCAGAGAGGCGACCGGAUUGGGAUUUGGGCUGUCACGAGAACGGGGGAGGCGCGUCGGUGGAGCCGGCUGAUGCUUGUGCUCUACAUGGGGCUCGUGAGCGCGUCGGUGAAGGCUCAGAACUGUAGCGACACGCUGCACAGCCCCAAUGGGACGAUCGAGAGCCCCGGCUACCCUCACGGCUAUCCCAACUACGCCAACUGCACGUGGGUGAUCGUGGCAGCCGAGCACAACCGGAUACAGCUGGUCUUUCAAGGCUUUGCCCUGGAAGAAGACUUUGACAUCUUGUCCAUUUAUGACGGGCCGUCCAGUCCCGGGAACCUGCGGACAAGGUUAACCGGCUUCCAGCUGCCCUCGCCCAUCGUAAGCACGGGCUCCAGGCUCACAUUGUGGCUGCUAUCUGACUACGCGGUGAGCGGCCAGGGAUUUAAAGCAUCCUAUGAAGCUUUGCCCAGCUACACUUGCGGUAAUCCUGGGCUGCUUCUCAACGGUCACCAGCAAGGGACCACGUUCAACAUCGGAGACAAAAUCCGCUACGGCUGCAACCCGGGUCAUGUGUUGGAGGGUCACACGACCUUGUCUUGUCUCGCCACUUCAGCGGGGACCGCCGCAUGGGAUUUCCCCCUGCCCUACUGCAGAGCGGAUGACGGGUGUGGCGGGACACUUCGAGGCCAGAGCGGAGUCAUCACCACUCCCAAUUACCCUGCCGAGUACAACAAUAACGCCGACUGCACGUGGACCGUCCUGGCCGAGCCGGGAGACACCAUCGCCCUGGUCUUCUCCGACUUUCAUCUGGAGGAUGACUACGACGUGCUGGAGGUCAGCGGCACCGAGGGCUCGUCGCAGUGGUUCACUGGCCCCAACCUUCCCUCCCCCAUUAUCAGCAGCAAGAACUGGCUUCGCCUGCAUUUUACAUCCGACGGCAACCACAAGCUGAAAGGUUUCAGUGCUCACUACCAAGUAAAGAAGAUGACUGAGCUGAAAUCUCGAGGUGUAAAGAUGUUGCCGAGCAAAGACAACUACCACAAGAUAUCCGUGUUAUCUCAAAUGGGCGUGGCACAAGGACACAACAUGUGUCCGGACCCUGGCAUCCCAGAUCGGGGCAAAAGAAAAGGCUCGGACUUUCGGCGAGGAGCCACAGUGCAUUUCUCCUGCGACGAGGGUUAUGAGCUGCAAGGCUCCAAGAGCAUCAGCUGUCUGCGAGUGACUGACAGCUACGUGGGCUGGAGUGACGAGAGGCCCAUCUGCAGAGCUCCGAUGUGCGGAGGUCAAUUACGAGGACCCAGUGGCGUCAUGACGUCUCCAAACUACCCGGUCCAAUACGACAACAAUGCUAACUGCACUUGGGUCAUCACUGCGACAGACGCAUCGAAGGUGAUCAAGCUGACGUUUGAGGAUUUUGACCUGGAGCGCGGCUAUGACACGUUGACAGUGGGGGAUGGCGACAUGGUGGGGGACCAGAAGACCAUCUUUCAUGUCCUGUCAGGUACCAGCACUCCGGACCUCGUGGUCAGUACCAGUCACCAGAUGUGGCUGAAUUUCAAAACGGAUGAUACCAGUGGCUCUCUGGGCUUCAAGGUGUCAUACGAAGAAAUUGACCAAGGGAGCUGCGGUGACCCCGGCAUCCCCGCUUACGGUAAACGAGAGGGGACGGGUUUCCGUCAUGGGGACAGGCUGUACUUUGAGUGUUUGCCCGCUUUUGAGCUGGUGGGAAAGAAGAACAUCACCUGCCAGAAAAACAACCAGUGGUCCGCCAAGAAACCCAGCUGCGUUUUUUCCUGUUUCUUCAACUUCACCACACCCUCCGGGGUGCUGUUGUCCCCAAACUACCCGCAAGAAUACGGCAACAACAUGCACUGCGUUUGGCUGAUCAUCACCAACCCAGAAAGCCGAAUCAAUUUGGCUUUCAACGACCUCAGCAUGGAGAAACAAUUUGACUUCCUCUCCAUUAAGGAUGGGGGAAAGGCCGAGUCUCCUAUUCUGGGCACCUUCUCCGGAGACGUUCUCCCGCCUCCCAUAACGACGAGCGCCCACGUCGCCCGCUUGGAGUUCUUGACUGACCACACGUACACAAACCGAGGUUUUAACAUCACUUUUACGACGUUUCGCCACAAUGAGUGCCCCGACCCAGGAGUCCCGGUGAAUGGGAAGCGAUUUGGUGAAAGCCUUCAGCUCGGAAGUUCCAUCUCAUUCCUUUGUGAGGAGGGAUUCGUUAAGACCCACGGCUCGCAAACCAUAUCCUGCAUCCUCAAGGACGGCAACGUGGUGUGGGACAAUGCCGUUCCGCGAUGCGAAGCCCCCUGUGGAGGAGAGCUGAAAGCUCCCAGUGGGAUCAUCCUCUCUCCUGGCUGGCCAGAACUUUAUAAGGAGGCUCUUAACUGUGAAUGGAUCAUCGAAGCGCCUCCAGGCUACCCCAUCAAGAUCAUCUUUGACAAGUUCCGCACUGAGGUCAACUACGAUGUCCUGGAAGUCCGGGAUGGCCGUUUUCCCUCUUCGCCACUGAUUGGAAGCUACCAGGGCACUCAAGUUCCUCAGUUCCUCAUCAGUACCUCCAGCUUUUUGUAUCUCCUCUUCUCCACUGACAAGAGCCACUCUGACAUCGGCUUCCGGAUACGCUACGAAACUUUGCAGCUGCAGUCAGAUCACUGCGUGGACCCGGGCAUUCCCGUCAACGGACUGCGUCACGGAAACGAUUUCUAUGUGGGCGCUCUGGUGACAUUUAGCUGUGAUGCGGGGUACACGCUCAGUGAUCCGGAGCCUCUGGAGUGUGAACCCAAUUUUCAGUGGAGCCGCCCACUGCCGAGCUGCGACGCCCUGUGCGGGGGUUACAUCCAGGGCAACUAUGGCACCAUUCUGUCUCCCGGCUUCCCAGACUUUUACCCUCACAACCUCAACUGCACUUGGAUCAUCGAGACCUCCCACGGCAAAGGUGUGCAGUUCAACUUCCACACUUUCCAUCUGGAGAGCCCCCACGACCACUUGUUGGUGACGGAGAACGGCAGCUUCUCGCAGCCCCUGUGGAGAUUGACGGGCUCCACGUUGCCUCCACAUCUGAGCGCCGGGCUGUUUGGGAACUACACGGCUCAGAUUCGCUUCCUCUCGGACUUCUCCGUUUCGUACGAGGGCUUCAACAUCACCUUCUCUGAAUAUGAUCUGGAACCAUGCGAAGAUCCGGGAAUCCCACCCUACAGUACCAGAAAGGGCCUCCAGUACGGCGUGGGAGAUGCCCUCAUCUUUUCCUGCUUCCCCGGUUACAGACUAGAGGGUCCUGCAAGAGUGGUGUGCUUAGGGGGUCGGAGGCGGGUCUGGAGCUCCCCUCUGCCAAGGUGUGUUGCCGAAUGUGGCUCCUCCGUGACUGGCAUGCAAGGGGUGCUUCUCUCCCCCAACUACCCCGGUUACUACGACAACAACCACGAGUGCAUCUACUCCAUCCAGACGCAGCCGGGCAAAGGCAUCCAACUGCGAGCGCGAGACUUCCGUCUGGAGGAGGACGACAAACUCAAAGUGUUUGAUGGCAGCAGUAAUUCGGCUCGUCUGCUCGGAGUGUUUACAGGCAACGAAAUGCUGGACACAACCCUGAACUCCACCUCCAGCUCCAUGUGGCUGGAGUUUGUCACCAACGCAGACAAUACCAGUAAAGGUUUUGAGCUGCACUUCACCAGCUUCGAGCUGGUGAAAUGUGAAGAUCCCGGCUUCCCCCAAUACGGCCACAAGCGAGAAGACAAGGGUCAUUUUGCAGGGAGCGCCGUGUCAUACAGCUGCGACCCCGGCUACACCCUGAAAGGCCCUGAGGUGCUCACUUGCCUGAGGGGGGAGAGGAGGGCCUGGGACAACCCUCUGCCACUUUGUGUCGCGGAAUGCGGCGGCACCAUCAAGGAUGAACCCACGGGUCGCAUCUUGUCUCCAGGGUACCCAGCCCCGUAUGAACACAACCUGCACUGCGUCUGGACUAUCGAGGCCGCGCCAGGAAGCACAAUUAGUUUGCAUUUCCUGGUUUUCCACACCGAGGAGAUCCACGACGUGCUUCGCAUCUGGGAUGGUCCCCAGGAUGGGGGGGUGCCACUGAGGGAGCUGAGCGGCUCGGCGUUGCCGCCGGACGCUCACAGCACCUUCAACACCAUCACUCUGCAAUUCACCACCGACUUCUUCACGAGCAAGCAAGGCUUUGCCGUGCAGUUCUCCGUCUCUACGGCCACCUCGUGCAAUGACCCGGGCAUGCCGACUAAUGGGACCCGCGGCGGUGACAGCAGGGAGCCUGGGGACCAUGUGGUAUUCCGGUGCGACCCCGGCUACAUCCUGCAGGGCGCCAACAAAAUCACCUGCGCGGAAAUCAGCGGUCGCUACUUCUGGCAGCCAGACCCUCCUACUUGCACAGCUCCGUGCGGAGGAAAUCUGAGCGGUCCAAGCGGGCUCAUCCUUUCUCCGGAUUAUCCGGAACCGUACCCUCAUGGGCGAGAGUGCGACUGGACCGUUACUGUCACGGAGGACUAUGUCAUCGCCCUCAGCUUCAACCAAUUCAGCUUGGAGCCCAGUUAUGACUUCUUACAUAUCUACGACGGGCCAGACUCCCUCAGCCCUUUGCUGGGAAGCUUUUAUGGAACGGACGUUCCCGAUCGGAUCGAGAGCAGCUCCAACACGCUCUUCCUGGCCUUCCGCAGCGAUGCCUCCCUCAGCAGCAAUGGAUUUGUGCUUCAGUACACAGAGAACCCGAGGGAGUCGUGUUUCGAGCCGGGUCUGGUGCGCAACGGGUCGCGGGCGGGGAGCGAAUUGAAGCUGGGCUCCGUGGUCAGCUACCACUGCGACAGCGGCUACACGCUGGAGGGAGAACAAAGCCUCACUUGCAUCAUGGGAGCAGAUGGCAAGCCAAGCUGGAACAAAGCCAAACCCAUCUGCACUGCACUCUGUGGCGGGCAGUAUUCUGGUUUGGAAGGAGUGGUCCUGUCUCCUGGUUACCCUGGCAACUACACCAGCGCCAGGAUCUGUCUUUACUCUGUGGUUGUUCCCCAAGAUUAUGUGGUCUUCAGCCAAUUUGCAUUCUUCCAGACAGCUCUGAAUGAUGUCGUGGAGGUUUUUGAUGGGCCCACGCAGACCUCCCGUGUUCUUAGCUCUUUGUCCGGAGCGCACACAGGCGAGUCAUUGCCAUUGGCGACGACCAACCAAAUCGUGAUACGCUUCACCUCGAAAGGCCAAUCCAGCUCGAGGGGAUUCCAUCUGGUCUACCAGGCGGUGCCACGGACCAGCGCGACCCAGUGCAGCUCCGUCCCCGAGCCCCGCAACGGCCGCCGAAUGGGCAACAAUUUUGCCGUUGGCGCCGUGAUUCGCUUUGAGUGCAGCCCAGGUUACGUGCUGGAGGGAUCGGCCGCCGUCGAAUGUUUGACGGUGCCCAACGCGCUUGCGCAGUGGAACAGCUCCAUCCCCAGCUGCAUAGUUCCAUGCGGAGCUAAUCUCACCCAUCGCACGGGGACCAUUUUAUCACCCGGGUUUCCAGAGCCUUACCUCAACAGCCUCAACUGUGUCUGGAAGAUUACGGUUCCGGAGGGAUCAGGAAUCCAGAUCCAGGUCGUCAGCUUUGUCACAGAACAGAACUGGGACUCGCUGGAGGUGUUUGACGGAGGCGACAACACCGACACCUUGCUUGGGAGUUUCUCGGGCACCACCGUUCCGGCUCUCCUCAACAGCACUUCCAACCAACUCUACCUCCACUUUUUCUCCGAUAUCAGCGUGUCUGCUGCCGGAUUCAGGCUGGAAUACAAAACUGUGUCACUGACCAGCUGUCCAGAGCCGGUCAUUCCUAUGAAUGCCGUUAAGAUCGGGGAGCGCCUUCAGAUGAAUAACGUGGUGUCUUUUCAGUGCGAACCUGGAUACACGCUACAGGGGAAUUCGCAUAUCACUUGUAUGCCUGGAACUGUCCGAAGAUGGAACUACCCUCCGCCUCUGUGCAUCGCCCAAUGUGGAGGGAUUCGCGAGGAGAUGGAGGGCAUGAUACUCAGCCCCGGUUUCCCUGGCAACUAUCCUAGCAACAGUGACUGCACAUGGAGAAUCUACCUGCCUGUUGGAUACGGAGCCCACCUACAGUUUCUCAAUUUCUCAACUGAAGCCAACCACGAUUUCCUGGAAAUACGCAACGGACCCCUGGACACGAGCCCUGUCAUUGGGCGAUUUAGCGGGCAGGAUAUUCCUUCCUCGCUGCUGACCACCUCUCACGAGACGACCGUCUAUUUCCAUAGCGACCAUUCGCAGAACAAACCAGGGUUCAGGUUCGAGCACCACGCUUAUGAACUCCAAGAGUGCCCGGAUCCAGAGCCUUUCCGCUAUGGGGUGGUAGUGGGUGCCGGCUACAACGUGGGUCAGUCCAUAUCUUUCGAGUGUCUGCCUGGAUACCAGCUGGUGGGACAUUCCAUCCUCACCUGCGAACACGGCACAACCCGCAAUUGGGAUAACCCUUUCCCUCGCUGCGAAGUGCCGUGUGGUGGAAACAUCACUUCGGACAACGGGACCAUCUUCUCUCCACGCUACCCGGAAGAAUACCUCAACUCAGCUGACUGCUCCUGGUUGAUCACUGUGGCUCCCGGCUUUGGAAUCAAGCUCAACUUUACCUUACUUCAUGUUCACGGCCCGCACGACUUCAUCACUGUUUGGGAUGGCCCGCAAGAAACAGCAAGGAAACUGGGUGUGUUCACUGAUGGAGAGCCCAACGAUCCUCCUCGGAGCACAUCGAAUCAGGUCCUGAUCCGUUUUCGGAGUAAUACGGAGAAAGGUGGCUUGUUUCACAUCGACUAUCAAGCUUACAGGCUGCAGUUCUGUCUCCCUCCCACCAUCGUUCCCAAUGCAGAGAUCCUGAUGGCAAGCAAGGAGUUUAAAAUAGGUGACAUCGUGCGCUACAGGUGCAUCCCAGGCUACCAGCUAAGCGGCAAUGACAUUCUCACUUGUCGCUUAAGGGCACACUUAGAGUUUGAGGGGCCUCCGCCAUCAUGUGAUGUGACCUGUCCCAUGAAUGAGGUCUUGACGGCAUCCACGGGAGUCAUCAUGAGCCAGUCGCCAGGUAGCGGCUUCCCGCAUUUCGAGUCGUGCUCCUGGAUCGUCAAAGUGGAGCCCGGGUACAACGUCACGUUUACCGUCGAGCAUUUCCAGACCAGCCGUCAAUUUGAUGAACUUGAAAUCUUUGACGGUCCUUCAAGGCAGAGUCCUCUUCUGAUCACACUUAGUGGGAACUACUCCAGCCCGCUCAGCAUCACCAGCUCCAGUAACAAAGUCUACCUGCACUGGUCCUUCGACCACACGACCAGCCACAAAGGUUUCCGUCUACGCUACUCAGCGGCCUACUGCAGCCCGCCUAACGACCCUGUAAAUGGCACCGUGCACAGUCUGACAGGCACCAAGUUGGGAAGCACUCUGCGUUUCAGCUGCGACCAAGGCUUCCGGCUCAUUGGCCAGAGCAGCGCCACCUGCACCCGCACCGCCCAGGGGAUCUAUCAGUGGAAUGCACCCGUACCACUCUGCCAAGUUACAUCCUGCGGGAUGCCAGUGCUUCCUGUCAAUGGAAGCAUCGUGGGUCAGGACUUCUCUUUAGGAGCCAGGGCUACUUACCGGUGCAAUCCUGGAUUCCGCCUUGCAGGGCCUGUGACCACCACAGUGGUCUGUCAGGACUCUGGAAGGUGGAGUCCCAUCGAGGCCCCUCCCAGAUGUGUCCCGGUGAGCUGCCCUGAUAUCGGCCACACCGCGGUUGAGCACGGGCGAUGGAGAUUAAUCUAUGGAACCCAGAACCAAUACGAUGCUAUCAUGAUGCUCAUAUGUGACCCGGGGUAUUACUACAGGGGUCAAAGGGUCAUUCAGUGUCAAGCCAACAGCACUUGGAACUACCCGGAUCCGCGGCCCGUCUGCGAUAUUAUUUCCUGCGGCGACCUUGGGACCCCACCGAAUGGUAACAAGAUAGGAACGCUGACGGUGCACGGAGCGACUGCAAUUUUUUCCUGCAAUACAGGUUACACUUUAGUCGGCUCCCGUGUUCGAGAGUGCAUGUCUAACGGACUUUGGAGCGGAACGCAAGUCCAGUGUCUGGCCGGCCACUGUGGCAGCCCUGAGCCGAUUGUGAAUGGCCAAAUCAACGGGGAGAAUUACAAUUACAGAGGUAGUGUCGUGUACCAAUGCAACCCAGGAUUUCGUCUCAUCGGCGUGUCUGUGCGGAUCUGUGAACAGGAUCAUCGUUGGUCUGGACGGACCCCGGUCUGUGUUCCUAUCACAUGUGGGCAUCCCGGUAACCCCACCUUUGGUAUGACACAGGGAACCCAGUUUAGCUUGAACGACGCCGUCCGCUUUGUCUGCAAUACCGGAUAUGUGCUUCAGGGAGCGCUUAAGUCAUCCUGCCAGGCCAACGGGCAGUGGAGUAAUCCUCUUCCGCGGUGCAAAACUGUAAAUUGCACAGAGCCAGGUCAUGUGGAGAACAGCGUUCGGCAAGUCGUACCCAGUGGGCCACAUCGCUACAGCUUCCAGACCACCGUGUCGUACCUCUGCAACGCCGGUUACUACCUGCUCGGGACAAGCUCCAUUGCCUGUCAAGGCGACGGUACCUGGGACCGCUCCCUGCCCAAGUGCCUUUUGGUGCUAUGUGACCGCCCCAGCAUACCUCCCUACGCCCAGAUCUCAGGCGAUCGACGAACCGUGGGCUCAGUCAUCCGCUACAGCUGCAUCGGCCAGCGUACCGUCAUCGGCAACACAACGCGCAUGUGCCAGCUGGAUGCGCAAUGGAGCGGCUCACCACCACAUUGCUCUGGUGACUCGGCAGGUCUCUGUGGGGAUCCGGGUGUUCCUGUGCAUGGCAUCCGCUUGGGGGAAGAAUUCACUGCGGGCAGCGCGGUGCGCUUCAGCUGUGAGCCGGGUUACACGCUGAAAGGUUCUCCGGAGCGUACUUGCCUGACUAACGGCACUUGGAUGGGAACUCAACCUGAGUGUCAUGUCAUAUCCUGUGGAAAUCCUGGAACCCCACGAAACGGCCAGAUCCUGACCCACGAUGGCCUGACCUUUUCCAGAUCAAUCACUUACGCCUGCAGGGACGGCUUCUACUCGACUGGCUUGCUCACUCGACAUUGUACCAUCAAUGGCACUUGGACCGGCAACAUGCCCGAGUGCUCCGUCAUCAACUGUGGUGACCCUGGAGUUCCAGCAAACGGAGUGAGGUUGGGGAAUGAUUUUACCUACAAUCAUAGCGUUACUUUCCAGUGCUCUCCCGGUUUCACCAUGGAUGCCCACCGCGCCUCCACCCUCAUCUGCACCAAGGCUCGCACCUGGAACGGCACCAAGCCUCUGUGCAAAGCAAUUGUCUGCGGUCCUCCGCCAAUCAUUCCUAACGGCCAGGUCGUUGGUGCAGACUUUAACUGGGGCUCCAGCAUCAGCUACUCCUGUAACCAAGGUUACCAGCUGUCAUUGCCCACCGUGUUAACUUGCCAGGGCAGUGGCAACUGGAGUGGGGAGAAACCGCAAUGCUUCCCUGUGUUCUGUGGAGACCCAGGCUUGCCUGCCCAAGGGAGGAGGGAAGACCGAGGUUUUACAUACCUUUCCUCAGUCUCCUUUUCAUGCUUCCCCCCUCUUAUCCUGGUGGGCUCCACUAGGAGGUAUUGCCAAUAUGACGGCACCUGGAGUGGAACGCAGCCCUCUUGUAUUGAUCCGACUCGCACCACCUGCACGGAGCCAGGUACCCCCCUCUUCGGGAAUCUGAACAACAGUCAAGGCUACCAGAUCAGCAGCACGGUGUUCUUCAGCUGCAGAAAAGGUUACCUGCUGCAGGGAUCCAUUUCUCGCACAUGUCUGCCCAACCUCACUUGGAGUGGAUUUCAGCCGGAGUGCAUCGCUCACCACUGCAGCCAGCCAGAGCUGCCAGCCCAAUCGGACGUGCGGGCCAUUGAACUGCCAUCCCUUGGCUACACACUGAUCUAUACGUGCCAGCCCGGAUUUUACUUGGCCGGAGGAUCAGAGCACAGGACCUGCAAGUCUGAUGGGAGCUGGACCGGGAAGCCGCCUCUCUGUGCAGCUGAUAACCGUCCGAGUGGUAGGAGCCCCGUCGGAACGGUGCAGGAGCCUCCUUCCAAAUUACCUGUACCUGCUGGCGUAUUUGCAAAGAAUUCACUCUGGAGGGGAUCCUAUGAGUAUUUGGGGAAGAAGCAGCCAGCUAUGCUCAGCAUCACUGCCUUUGAGUCUUUUAGCAACCGGGUGAAUGGAACACUACUUGACCACAGCGGCGUGGAGCUCAAACUCGCUGGUACAUAUAGAAGAGAUGAAGCCCAGCUGCUGCUUCAGGUUCACCAGAUCCGAGGCCCUGUGGAGAUAUUUGUCAACAAGUUCAAAAUCGACAACUGGGCUCUUGAUGGACAUGUGUCCUACAUCUCUUCAGCCAACUCAUUUGUGUACCAAGGAUUUGUCCGUGGUAAAGGCUUUGGGCAGUUUGGUCUGCAGAGAUUGGAGAGUUUGGAUCCCGGCAGAGACAACGCAGCCUACAACUUUGCCUCCAACAGUAGUUCAGUGGCAGCAGCCAUCCUAGUGCCUUUUAUAGCCAUGAUCAUCGCCGGCUUCGCCCUGUACCUCUACAAACACAGAAGAAGACCCAACGUCCCUUUCAAUGGCUACGUGGGCCACGAGAACACCAACGGGCGGGCCACCUUCGAGAACCCCAUGUAUGAUCGCAACAUUCAGCCGACCGACAUCAUGGCCAACGAGAGCGAGUUCACAGUCAGCACGGUGUGCACCGCCGUAUAGCGACAACUUCACCUCAAGUCAAGGGAGGAAAGGUGUGCCCCAUCUUCGAGGACCCCCCCCCCUGCUCCCUUUACUUCCUUGAGCAAGAGGGCAAGACAAAAUUCAUUGUAUCCCACUGAAAAGCAGUCAGGAAACAACCCCAGUCGGAAAAUACGCUCCUAUAAAAGAAACAACGCAGCAACCUUCAACAACAAAAUGCUUCUUUGUUUUUUUUGUUUUGUUUUUGUGACCGGCUAACUUCUUAGCACAUCUUGAGGUAAUGUUUUGCGCCGGGAAAAGUGCGUUCCAAGAGAAAGCAACGCAGGAAGCGAAGCAGUGACCUCUCUCCUCGCCACCAAAACCCCAGAGGGAUUUUUGUGCUCAAGACUUGAACUCGCCGCCACCGGAGCUAACAAGCAAGUCAACCUUGCGGCACACAAGAUAUUAGUCAUGAUUUGCUGUGCUUUCCACGAGUUUGUUUGCGUCCGCCCUUUACGGCGCUUGCGUUCUGUGGUGCGGAACUCUUAUUCGUCCCCCAACCAACUGUUCUGGAGACAGUUCAAAGGUUUCCUCCCCAAAUCUGCAAAACCAGAGGAAGGAUUUCAAAUGCGGUGACGAUCCUGUUGGAUUUUGUGUCGGUGUCUGCAACCUGACCCCCCUCGGCUUAAUUUCAUCACCAUUCCGUACCUUUUAUUUCGGGCGGACUUUUUUUCGAUGUCAUUUGAAAACGGGAUGAGAUCAUCUCUUUGAAUGUUCUGAACUCCUCUUUCAAAUUCAGUGUUGUACUGAGAGGAAGGAGGCUAUGCUGAUGUCACGCUGUUCUUUUUCAGCCAAAUCCAUUCUGCCUCAAUUCCUCCAAGUGGCGAUGAAACAACAGUCGAUUCCGCACAAUUGAUUGGGUGACUGAAAAUUCCUGGAAAAAAGAAAACGGCACCCUCUGUAGGCGCGGUCGCAGCCAAAUGCAUUUGAGUGUGCUGUCGGAACGACCCGUGGUGAAAGUGUCUCUCUCCCGUCCGCUAACUUCUGGCAGCUCCGUUCCCGUCGACUUGAUUUUGUUUUGUCCUGACUUACUUUGAAUCGGUUCCAGAAGGCUUUGGAAAACGGGCAAUUUGCCGAUUUGUCUCUUGCUAAUCAUCCAAACAAAACGUGCUCCACAGUUGUCCUUUCUCCUCCAAUUAACAAAAGACCAACAUCUGUGACUGAAGAAAAAGGUUUGGGAAGUCGAGAAGAGUCUGGGGAAGGUCAUGCCAUGUGGGAAUUGUGCAACGGAUGUUUCUUCGUUUCACAUACAUGACGUAAGGAAUCCGCACCCACACAAACGAGCAUCGAAGAAAGUGUUCCCUAAUCACCUGCGUGCAUCCUUUACCUCCCAAAUCUGGGCUUUUGAAGCCAAUCGCCGUCAUGUUCCUUGAAUCGGAGAGGCUGUGGGCUGGUAAUUGCUUUUCCUAAGUUAUUACUUUAUAGCGCCCUCACUUAUCGUAACUCCACGGAUAGAAUAUUGGACCUUGCCGGCUCUGCUCAUGAAUGGAUGGAAAAGGAAACCAUUGAAUUACCUUGGAGACUUCGCAGGGAGUGGACAACCCUCGUUAUCUAUCCCGACGCUGCUGUUCACUGUCCCAAAGUUGUCUCCGGGUUCGUUUAUCUGUUGUAUUAAUUUGUCAUAUUGUUGUGCAGAGUUCUUCUUGCGGCGUGGCUGUUUUCGUUCAUGCGAGUAGUCUCCGUCCGUCCCUUUUAACUAAUUCAGUACCAGCCAAUUCUGGACCAAGUCUGAAAAGACGGUAAAAAACGUCUUUGGGAGUGAAUGAGUUAAGUGGGUGUUCCCCUACAUUUCUUCCGUUAGGCAUUUAACAGAUAAAAAUGGCCUUCUAUGAGCCAAAUUUUGUCCGCAAAACUACCGUGAGUUUCCCCGUGACCGGAAUUGAAUCCAUUGUGACGAGAAGAAUAUCGUCCGCUGAUUGUUUGUGUGUCUACGCAAGGGCUUCGUCGAAAAGAUCAGACUCGAACCUUUGUCCCGCGUAUUUUUCUAACCUCUCCUCUUUACAAACAGCACUUUAUGUUCAUCAUAGUGCCUUGUCAUGACCUCAUUCUAGUGGAUUGAUGGCUCCAGUUGGCUGAAUU